AUUAUACAGGCUGUGUAUCGUCCGUGUCUGUUCCUCGAUAUCAAAGUGUUACGUGGUCGGAAUGUUACCUUGGGCACUUACACUGACUGGGGUGAGUAUGUGUACAAAGAAGUUUCUACUCGUAGAACAGCAAAGAGUACGAUUGACUUAUGUGGGCCAUGGGGAUCCUAUGUGCAAAUUUUGUGGCGUUAGCUCGGCCUCAGGAGUCCAGGGAUAGCAUUUAUCUUAUUAAAGAUGGCGGAUCGAUUGUGUUCUUGAAAUCACAGAAUCAUGUCAUGGUGUCGUCAUUACUGAAUUUUGCUACAGAAAUAUAUUCACGGAGUGAAUUUAGCCUUAUUUAGAUUGCAAGCGUCUCAUCGAGACUCGAGCCUCGAGCCACCAUGUUUGACCGCGCCAAACUUUCCUCACCUUUAAAGGAAAAGCAUUGACAAGUAUUCAUAAAAUUCCAAAUAGUAACCUAGGCCUUCUGAAAACUGUCUUUAACUCUUUACUGAGUCAAUUGACACCAACGCAGUGGUCAAACACUGCGCAUGCGCAAGAAUUUGAAAAACAAUGAGAGCGAUUUCAGAACGCGUGUCUUGCGUUAAGUGCGAAAGAAAAGGUUAAAUUCCUAACUGUUCCAAGGCGUAAGACAAAUUCAAGAAGGAUUUUGGAGAAAGAUUAAAUCUCGGCGCUAUUUAUUGUGAGAUAUUCCAACUGUUUUUAAGGCAAUGAAGGCAAAGAACAGGACCUUUCUUCAACACUUACUGCACAGAUUACUGUCCGCUGUAAAGGCAGACCUGGUAUCGUUAUAAAUAUCUUGUGUCGCUCUGGUUCCUCUUUUUUUCAGACCGGUUUCCCUCGGUGUUGAUUGGCAACUCCACCAUAAACGCAACAAAGAAUAAUUACAGCCAGCACGGCCAAGUUUACGCUUGUUUACGCUAAGUUUAUGCAUCACGCCGCCGUGCAAAAUUAAAAAAAAAAGGGGGAGAGUGUAAACUAACACAAAGUGGGUAAAGUCUAAAACAAUUAAUGUUUAUAAGUCGCGGCCUUAGAAACUUCGAACUUUCCUUAGCAACUGCGAAGAACUACGUCUCACUUAGAUUCACCAUGUUUAUAAUAACAAAUUAUCCAUAUAAGUGUGUAUGUGCAAUCAUUUGACUUAACGAUCCCUUCAUUUUAGGAAACAGAAAAAAAAAACUGGGGACAACCACGAGCAUACAUUCAAAAACUGCUGUUUACCUGGUUAUCGAAAAAAGAAAUCAUUUUGGUCAGGAAUGUCUCUUUUAUAGCUCCUACCUGUUCAUACAAAUCUCGAAGAGAUUGGAGGAAGAAGUUUGAUGCUAAGUUGCGUCACACGUAAUCGACCAAAGUGCUGAGCAAAAUUCAAAAUGGCGGUCAAAUUUUUAGCGCAUUUGAAGACAAUUUUCGAAAAUGUAGUUUACUGUUUGGAAUCUCAAAACACAGUCACUUUCACAAUUUCAAAAACAGUGGGUCUCUGGAUUAUACUUUCUUUUUAAAAUUCAAGAUGGCAGCUUCGCAAUUCGCGAAGAAGUAUCCGGCGAAAGCUUGCCGACUAAACUGUUUUUCUUUCUAAUUAACUAAUGACUGCAGCUAUCUUUAAUUCAAUGCCAUACAAUUUUUCAUUUUCGAACUGCCUGACUAAUCGUCUGUCUUCAUCAGUUGUCGUCGGCUCAGUCUGGCAGACAUAAUUUGAUUGGCUGAGCCAAGCUAUGAGUCGCUUAGGAAAAUCAAAGAGAGGCUGAACAUUUUGGCUUUGACUCCUUCACUCCUCUUUUUAUAUUAAACCAAAAGGUCCUUUUUAUUUCUCAGUUGAUACACCGGAUCCAUACGUAAAACUGUACAUUAAAACAGCAUCAAAUGGCAGGAAGAGAACCAAAGUGAAAAACAACACAGCUAACCCUGUGUGGGAAGAAACAUUCCAGUUUUACCUUGAUCCAAAUGUGAAAAACAUUUUGGGUAAGUAACCUUUAAUGAUAUUUGCAACGUAACACUGAGACGAAGAGUCUCCUCGGUUAGCAAAGUAUCCAACGUAAGCGUGGCUGUUGUUUUAUUUGAAGUUUGAAGCAUUGUUGUAAAUUCCUAUUCCGCGAAAAUCACAACAGCCGGUCAAUAACAAACACGUCUCGACCCACGCUGAUAAUGACUCUACAUCUGCCUCUCUCUCUCUCUCUCUUUUUGAUCAUAAACCACGAUAAAAAAGAAACCAGUAAUUUAUUUCGAUUAUAAAUGCCUUCUCCCAUCCCUUGCCUAUAGCCUAGCCGUAAACAGAAACGAGAACAAAUCACGCUCUUUCAUAAUGCUACAGGAAGGGUUCCUAUAAGAAAUAGAGAACUAUUGGUCAGUUCCUGUAAAUGCUAUUGAUAUUGUUACUUGUGAACGUCUACUUUUCUUAUCUUUAGAAAUAACUCUAAUGGAGUCAGACACAGUUGGUGACGAUUUGGUGGAUACAAAGUCAUUCGACUUAAGUGCAUUGAAAAUUGAUGAAACUUACAAGAAAACCUUUGUCUUUAAAGAGGUAUGGUACAACUCAGCUCAACCAGGAAGCCUCAGUGGUCACGUUACUCGUGUGACACACCACGGCCUGAUGGAUAGGCUAGUCAGUGCAAUAAUUAAACACGUUAAUUGACUCAACUAUUUGCUUUAUUCUAGACCUCAGAAGUUGAUGUGGAGAUGAAAGUCAAAACAUGGUAAACCCAGUUUUAUAUUUUUGUCAUCGUCAAGUUCUCUGUCUUUCCUAGAAAAAGGGUUACUUUUUGAGGAACAGCGAAGACAAGUCGCUUUGGUCAGGCCUCAGUUGUUCGAAGGUUAGCGCUAUCCACUGGAUAAAACUCUAUCCGGUAGUUAACACUGUAUGUUUUGCUAUCACCUAACUGCCAGAUAGCGAUUUAUCCGUUGGAUAGCGUUAUCCGUUGGAUAGCGUUAUCCACCCUUUAUACAACUGGGCCCAGGACAGUAAUUAGUUUCCUGUCGAGAAAAAUGCAAUAUAAAGAGAAGGAACAUUUCCAAACAGAUUAUGAUCAAGUGUGAAAAAGAAUCCUCGCAGGCGAACUGCAGUUAGAGGAAUUGCAUAAAUUGCGAAGGAUGGAACAAUUCAGGCUUCAAAGGGAGCCGAAACUGUACCGCCACCCAAAUAGAACACGUUCAUUGAGAUGUUAACAUUUCAGUAAAAAAAAAAUUUCUAUCAUUUUUCUAUCAGCUCUGCGCCUGCAGACAUGAGGUACAGCCUGGACCUUUGUGACGAGGAAACUGAUUUUCGUCAGAAGAGGAAAAGGGUUGUUUUUGAGACCAUGAAAAAACUGCUCGGAGAACGAGGACCAAAAGAACUUGGCGAGGUAACUACCCUCUUGAAAUCAAAGUGUAAAAUGAACUGAACCCCAAAAAUAGUUUUUGAGAAGCUAAUGAAUGACGACAGCACAUUUGGUAAAUAAAAGGAUGAUGAUAUAGUGAUACAGAGUUUGUUUGCCCGUAAUUAGGUGCCCUCGAUUGCUAUUCUUGGUUCAGGAGGAGGAUUUCGUGCCAUGGUUUCUCUCAGUGGUGUAUUCUGUGCUCUAAAGGAGAUGGGUGUGUUAGACUGUGCCAUGUACACAGCAGGACUGUCAGGGGCAGCAUGGUAAGUGACUUCAUACCCAGUCCGGAGAGGGGUUACCCCCCUAGAUAAGUUCUUUAGGCGGGCGCUGACCUAAGGGGUGUAGUGUAUGAGAUGCUGUGGUCUGUAAACAGGCAUCGAUUUUAAAGGCCAAGUCUAAAAACGGGUGUGGAAAUGUUAAAUUAUUUUAUAUUUACAAAUCCCCAAAGUUUAAUUCUAGGAUGAAUACAUAGCUGUUUCUGAUCGACAUCUUCACCUCAUUUGUAUAAGCCCGAAGUUUUCUGAAGGCUAAUUUGUUUGUUGGAUUGAAUAAAAUUGAGUUCACCAGUUGAAAAAAUUGACCAAAUGUUAGUUCAAACUGGACGUUUCGAUGUAAUCCCCCAUAACAAAGAAGCCAUCAUGAUCUCUGAUAGUAUAGUCUGAUCGUCCAGAUAAGUGCAGUCCCGAGAAGGACUGUUGUCGGUAGUGGUGACUGACCUAUCGACAACAUAACUGGAAGUCAUCAUCGGAGUCAGGUGAAUAGUUGUUGUCGGUCGAAUGUUCUAAGUCCGGUUCGUACAGACUGAUUGGUCAGUUUUGCCAUGAUGUUAUUUGCUGCAAGACUCGAGUGGCGCAGGUCGGUCGUGAUUGGUCUGUUUCGAUCCGUUAGGACGUUCUGUUCGGUUCGUUUGGAAUAUUAAUGUCGUAAAUAAGUUUUAUUCACGACAUAUUUCAGAUUAUUCAUGUUACUCCCAGAUUCAAACAUUUUAUGCAUUGAGUUCAUGAUCAUUUCUAACGCAAAAACUUAAAACAUUCUAGGUAUCUUUCGACGUUAUAUUCUCAUCCUGACUGGCCAAAUACCCAUCCGAGCAAAAUCAGGCAAGAUUUGAGAAAAAAUUUGACAGACAACUGGAUGUGGUUGCUAUUGACUCCAUCAUGGAUGUACAGUCACAUGAAUAUCAUUCUGGAUAAAAGAUCACGUGGACAACCAGUCAGUUUCACAGAUUUCUUUGGUUAUCUGGUUGGAGAAACUAUUCUGAAGGACGUAAGUUACAAGGGUUUACACGGUGUGGGUUACAAUUCGACUGAGAUUGGCAGAUGUUUUUAGCUUCUGAGUAGGGUGUAGAGCUUAGCGUCUUUCAAACAGAGAGAAAUUGCUUUAAAACAAACUAAAGAUGAACUGGAAAAUGCUUCGUAUCCACCCCUGUAACAAAGCGGAUUCUACCUUCACAUACCAUUUAGCUCCCGUUUAAUUUUCUGAAGUGUCACAAGGACAUAAAUACGCUCAGUAAUAGGAUCUCCCUGUGGCAUGUUACUUCGUUACCACAAAAAUUGAUCCAAUUUGUCCAAACAAAAAACCAUUACAGCAAGUGCUCGCCACUCGUGCACCGAAAAUAAAACUUGCAUGAAAUGGAUAAGUUUACGAUCUUAGGUUUUUCAUUUAUAUUAUCUGUUAUUUCAAAGCGGCAACAUGUUCCAAAAUUGAGCGAACAGCGCCAUGCAGUGAAAGACGCCGCGGCCCCAAUGCCGCUGUACACUUGUCUGCAUGUAAAGAAGAACAAAGUUGCACAAGACUUUUGCGGUAAGAUCAUUAGAAAUUUUCCUAACAUAAACGAAGAAUAUAGCUUGAAAUAAUUUCCUCUCUUAAACCUUUCAUUAACGCUCUCAGUGAAACUGAAAAAGAGUGUCUGAUUUCACAUUUAAAAGGAAACUCCCAGAGAUCUUUCAUUGAUUAAUAAUUUUUUUUUCCGCUUAUAGAGUGGCUCGAAUUCAGCCCAUAUGAAGUAGGGAUGACAAAAUAUGGCACUUUCAUGAAGACUGAGCAUUUUGGAAGCAAGUUCUUUUGUGGGAAAUUGGUAACACCUUACCCUGAGCCUCCACUGUUUUACUUGCAAGGUCAGCAGUCACUUAGUUUACUAGGCUCAAAAGUUUUCUUAGCACAGCGGUCAAACGUAGAGGGUCAAUUUUGGCAGGCCACGCGCCAAUUUCCCGCUCAAAACUUCUGAGGAAAUCACGAGGAACAACCGUCCAAAAAGAAAAAAAAAAGGGAAAAAAGAAAGCUCGAGAGUUUUCAUAAACAAGCUUAUUUAAUCACGGGCUUUCACUGCUCUACCAUUUUGUUUUUGGCUUUUAAAAUCGUCAACAUUUUCUAAAUGUUGUCUGAGAACUACGGCGGCAGAGUACAUUGGCGAUGUUACAGAUAUUUCUCGAGGAAGUUUUUGGAAAUUAUAUGGAAAUGUGCUAACCGUGUUUUUUUUUAUAAAUUGCCGAUUGAAUGUGAAGGGGACAGUGUUUUGCUUAACUUACACACAAUCAUUACAUCAGUCCUAUGCCAUUCUAUUGCAGGUGUUUGGGGCAGCGCUUUCACCAUCAUGCUUCAGCGAAUACUACACGAAGGCCAGUCACCAACCGACACAAUAAAAAACAUGAGCAACUCUGGCGACUUGAGACACGAGUUACGUAAGUAACUGUUGCUGGAUUUCUUUUGAUUCAGCUCGCAUUUUACAAAGCUGUAACUUUUUCCCUAUUGUUCUCAAAGAUAUGGAUAUCUCAAACGACCCUGUGAGUGAGGACGAGGAAAGCGAUGAGGAAAUGGAUAUUGAUGCAGUUGAUGAAAAGGAAAUGGGAGAUGAAUACAGCCAUAAUGAAAACCACAGCUUCCUGAUGAGUAUAGCAGAGAGCUUCGUGGAGAAAAUUUAUUUCCUGAAAACCCGGUCUGGUCGAGCAGGCUUGGUGCACAACUUUCUACGCGGCCUUCAAAUGAUGUCUGCCCCAGUCCCCUCGGCUGGUGAAUCAUUAUGGCAUUCAAGUUUUGUCACUUACUUCAUCACACAUAACAUUAUAAUCCGUUCAUAUUCAAACGACUCAGAUUUUCCGAGCGCAUUAAAAGGAAGAAUAAAAAGCCAACAAAAUAACAAAACUCGCUUUAAAAGCCCAUCCAAACAAAUUACGAAAUUCCUCCUUUUCCGCACUAGAGGAGUAUUUCUUGGCUCACAGCAAGUAGUUCUAUUUUGCGAAUGUAAUCAUGUACUUAAUAUUCUUCAAUGUGCAGUAAGGCUUUUCUGAUUUAGGGGAAAGAUUAAAAAAACGUUUUAAUUUUCUUAUCAUGCAUGUUACUUGUUUUAUUCAUAGAAGCAGAACAGGUCACUGACACCGCUUACCAAUUAGCAGCGAAGGCUAAACGUAUAUACUUGGUUGACAGUGGGCUCUUGUUCAAUUCACCAUACCCGCCGCUACUCAGACCGGAGCGAGAUGUUGACAUUUUCCUGUCAUUUGACUUCAGUGCUCGAGAGAAGGACAACGAAAUUUCUUUUCAUGUAAUCAACUAGAUAUCCUUUGUUGAUCAAAUUUUGAAUUUUGACCAACAUUUUGCACCCAUAAACUUUAAAAUAUUAUGUGUCUCGGUUUUGAACUCUUGAGUUAAAAAAGUUCUUCGCCAACAGGUUCAGUUUCGUCUCACUCAUAUUUCGCUUUUCAGGAACUGUAUUUGGCAGAGCAAUGGGCAAGAGCAAACAAUUUGAAGUUCCCACCAAUCAACGCCAAGGAACAGUUGGAAACGGACGGAAUCAAAGAGUAUUACGUGUUCACAGAUCCCGCGGAUCCUACCUGUCCAGUUGUGGUGCAUUUUCCUCUCGUCAACAAAACCUUCAAAGAACAAAGCGAACCAGGUUCUUUCAGAGACUGGACUAAUUUUUCUUUUUGUAAACGAGUGAUUUGUCAUUAGGUUUGAGCGCUUUUUGUUUUUUUGCCUCCUGCCGCCUAUUUCUUCUGGGCACGAACUACGGCUGCGCUGAUUUGUGGUGGUUGAUCGAGUUGAAAUUAUUUCGUCGACUCUUGAGGCAAGUUUUGAACAUGAAAGAAGUCUCAGCUGAAGCAUCCAUGAAAUAAAAAACGUGGGCAAAACCUUACCUUGACUUACAUCAUGCGUUCCUGAACAAAUUAACGGAAAUUGUUAAGUAACUUUUGUGUUCUAUAAUACAAACUAACUCCGUAUUUCGUUUUAUUUUUUCCUCAGGAGUCCCCCGUACGACUGCUGAAGAAAGGGAGUUUGCAAACUUCUCCGUGUUUGAAGAUCCUGACGCCUAUUAUAGCACGUUCAACUUUCAUUAUCCCACAAAGCCAUUCGAUCGUCUUUCAGCAUUAACAGAAUUCAACACUCUGUUGGGUGAGCAGGCCAUUAAGGGUGUCAUAGCUGACUGUGUGAAGAAGAGACGCGAAGCAAAACCGAGGAAUGGCUAA